AUGGGGACAGUAGAUGGUGGUGAGGCGGACCCUGGGACCCCACAGCCCACCCACAUCCACGUGCACAUCCACCAGGAGUCAGCUCUGGCCACGCUCCUGAUACGUGGGUGCUCCCUGCUUCGGUCCCCUGCCCCUGGUACCACCUCCCAGACCUGGGGCAGAAGCCGGCUGCUGGUGGCAUCCUGGGUGGUGCAGAUCGUACUGGGGGUGUUGAGUGGAGUUCUGGGGGGCUUCCUCCAAAUCUUCUACGGCUGCACCUUGUGUGGCUCAGGAGCUGCCCUCUGGACAGGGGCUGUGGCUGUGCUGGCUGGAGCUGUCACCUUCAUUUACGAGAAAUGGGGUGGCAUCUACUGGGCCUUGCUGAGGACCCUGCUCGCCCUGGCAGCUUUCUCCACAGCCAUUGUCGCCAUCGUCACUGGGGCUCGUAGUUUCUAUGAGCACUGCUUUUAUUUUAGAGACUAUAUCUGUCAUGUCUCCUCGACGGCCUGGUCCCAGGCCACCACGCCCCCUAGCACCCCAAGUCCAGAAGAAGCCAGAAGGAUGCACCUGUGCCUCUCCUACCUGAGCAUGCUGAAGGCCCUGUUCAUAAGCUUUCUGGUCAUGCUGUUGGGUGUCUGGGUUCUGCUGCUUCUGGCAUCUCUGGUGCCCCUGUGUCUGUACUGCUGGAGAAGGUCCCGAUGUAAGAAGGAAACAGACCAGAAGAAACUGCUGGAAGUGAGUGAAAUCUAG